CAUCACUGCACUGUGAACCUCAGUGUACACUCGGAAUUCCAAUCACUGCUUCUCUGGACCUGUGAACCAAACUGCAAUAUAAGACGGUGUGUUGCUCGUGGUUUCCACUGCCAACAUGUCUCUUCCUCCGGAGCGCAUCAGUGUGAAACGCAGAAGACAGGAGGAACCUGUCGAGGCAUUAUACCUUGAGCACGGUACUGGCCCAGACAAGAAGAGGAGAGUCACCGACUUUUACUUCCAACGCCUCCAGAACGAUGUGAUUGCCCCCGUUUCUCAACGAGCCACCAGUCAAGCCAUCUGGUCAGAGCCUCCCGCGCCCGGUGUUCCUCCAAUUCGUCUGACCUCACCGGAUGAUGCAAAGAGAGAUCUUGAGGAGCCCGGUACAGAAAAGGACGAUGCGGCCCCAAAAGAGAAGAGCAAGGCGCCUGACAAUGCCAGCGCGGAUUCCGCCAGCAAGUCAGCGCCAACGACACCGGCUGCAAGUCAGGCUCUCCAGCAAGCCCGCCGCUUCCACCUCACUCGUCACCUUUCGUCAGUCCUCAGUCCAAGCACUUCUGGCGGAAUCCGGAAACCUAAGAACUUUAUUCGACCUCCUCUCGCAACCUUUGUUGAAAGACAUGCCCCCGUUUUUAGCCAUGAGCAGAAUCCUCUGUACCGUGAUCAACCCAUUGACAAGAUGCUGGACGUUCGACAAGACAAUGGCGUAGGCGGAUCGAAAUCCGAUGAAGUCCCAGAGCCGAACCUCGAAGCCUUGCAAGCAUCCAGACGAAGCCAGACGAGCACGUUUGUUCAGACAGCUUCUGGGGCAGCAAGGAAUGGGACUUCCAUCAGAGAUCACCCGAGCACCUGGAAUCUCGAAUCUGAUCAACUUGCAGACGAGCUGGCCGCGCUCGCAAUGGAGCUCGAUCCAGAUAUGCAGCAACCGACCGAAGCGGUGCUUCCCACGCCGCCCCCUUCAAAACCCCAGGAUAUCGUGAUGACCUCCCACGAUCGAGAGGAUGAUUACGUUUACGAGACCUAUGUUCGGGUUCAGUACGUUGCUCAAGUGCAUGGUCCAGACACUGCCACGGGUCUACACUCCAAUUAUGGAAUACUCGUUAUUGACGAAGAAGAUGAGGACUUGUGGCAGAAAUACAUCGACAGUGAUGAUGACACUGAUUGGGAUGAAGAAGAUUCGAAUGCUGAGGACAACCCCGCGAAUGACUAUCCGGAAGAGGAGGUCAGCUCAGACGACGAGUACGGGUACAACCCGUACAAAUAUCGUACCUAUGGCUCUGACCAAGAGGACUUUGAUAACGACCACACUUUUCGAUAACAUGGUACUCGGUCUGUGGGGAUCCUGGGAACACAACCUCGAAAGCCAGCCAGACCACCGCCAACGAACAAACUACAUUGUCCAACAUGCCCAUUACCAAUACAGCACAACCAUACCUGGAUCCCAGACGACUUCUCAUGAAAAUUUGAAACUGCUCCAUGAAUGCCUACCGUGAUUGUCAUCACGGAAUGACUUGAGACACUACUCCACUGCCUCAUGUCUUCUGCGCUCGGGCACAUAUCUCGCAGGUCGGAUCUCCGCAGCCAUCCCGUUUGAUAAAGCAGGGCAGGGGAGGUCUCGAUUGAUCCUCUGGCCGCAUCCAGAGGAAUCGCUGGGUGGUUCUUUGCACCACUCCAAACUUGUCGAUUUUGCCACGUCGGUCUCGGUGUCCCGAUUUGGCUUGUUCUCUUACUUUGGCGACGUUUGAUUCCUCGAGAACACGAUAAAAUUUGCAUUGAAGUCCGCCCUUUUUUCUGAGGUCGCCAAAUUGGCGGUGGAAUGCCUUUUCGAUGUCGUCCCAUUCUUGUUCCAAAUCUAUUCGGUGAUACCAGAUGAAGUAUUUUUGCUCGAGCUCGUAUUUCUUGCAAGGCGAGCGAGGUCGUCUACGCUUUCGUCCCGCCAUCAUUGACUCAAUGGAGCCACCGGGUGAGGUCUCGCUCGCUCGAUAUUCGGUGGAGUGUCUGCUUUCCAAGUCCUCAUCUGUCGACUGGCUAUCGUUGUAUUGGCUUGUGUGGUCUUCGAGGCUUUGGUCCGGGCCUUGAUUAUCGCCGUUCAAGAUUGACGCAAUGCACAUCUUGUCGACCACCCGGCGGAAUUGCUCUGAGAUAUCAUCGUUCUUUUCAGAGGGAGAAGACAUUAUGACUCUGCUCUCAGUCUCGCACAGCACGAACAAAUGGUCACUACUGGGGCCAGUGAAAUCGAUUCGGCAAGCCAAAGAGAUACGUUGUCCUUAUGUGUUGGAAGGAACACAGGAAACACAGCAGAUUCCAUGGCGGCAAACACAGGGGCCUUAAUAGGCCCUCAAGUCGACCCGACAGAGUGGUUCACGCCAGCGUGAUGCACACGACAUAUAUUUUCUCAGGUUUUGCCAAAACACAACAGCAAUCCACGUCGCGCGGCCAUGCGCCCGACUAAGCCCAAAGAAUGCACAUCCGACAUUUGUGGGCAUGAGGGCCUGUAGCCCAAGCGACAGAUCAGGGAUCUGGAGCAGACCAACGUGAACGUAACAGUACGUCCGAACAGCGUCUCUCAUUCACCAGGUUUCAUUUUUUUGUUGCAAUCCAAAGGCGACCCGUGCGAAUGCUCCACAAUUUACGAGCAAUACGAUGUCUCCGGAUGCUUCGAGCUUUACUGCUUCUCUGUCUAGUGGCAUGUCCGUGUCAGGGACUCUCCAUCCUCAAGGCCGAACAUGAAUUGAGUCAGAGAGGCGAACUCCAGAUGCCAGGCCAAUGAAAAACUAUGAAUUAGCGCAGAAGCCUGCGCUCUACGGGACCGCAUGGUGAAGAGAAUUCUAUAUCUUUCCCCAGCGUCCCUGGGGAAGAGGAGGAGAGGGGCUACCCUCUCUGCAUCUGCUAGUGGAUUCGAACACCUCUAAUGCAGACCCCAGGCCACACACAGGCUUUUCAGCCAAUUGAUGCCUCGCGUGGAACUAGGGAUACUGGAUCUGCAACCGACUAUCGCUGCGGUCUGGGUUGCUUCGGUGGGGCAGCUCGAUGCGGCACACUCCUGGGCAUGUGCUGCUCAGCGCCACACAGGUUGCCGCCUGCAUUGCUUCCAGGUCAUCUGCCUACAGCCUUAGCAAGGUGUUCCCCAGAUUCACCCUCUACAGUACCACGCAUGCAGAUUAAGGACGAUCGUCAACUGUGCAGGCCUCUGAAUAUUCGCUUAGCUUAAGGCAACGAAUGUCACAGCGUGAAUAAUCGAUGAAUAUCGGAUCCCCAUCGACAGAAUACUGUCGAAAGGGAUGACUCUGCAAGGCCACUCCCUCAUUCAAGCCCGAUCGGCACUUCGUUCCGUCUCAGCACCCUUUUCAUUUCUUGGGUUGACCGGGUUGUGGAGGUCUGCCUUGAGAUGCAAACCCCUCACUUUCCCUACCUUCAUCGAUGAUCGCAAAGGCCGUUGGUCCGAGUUCUGAAAGCUGGUCCAAGCGGGUUUAGUCCCUACCUAAUGCUUCCGAUCCGGCCAGUGAAACAGCUUCGCCCGGCGGAAGAUUAAUCGCGCCUCUGGAGGCCAACCAGCGUUCAGCAUUGCGACGUGGAAAGAUGAUGUGCUGCUAGCCCAUUAUCACCAGUGGUGUAAACCCCGAUCAGCAUGGUGCCGAGUCCGAGCUCUGCCUGCCACAGAUCUGGCUCAUUCAGUACUCAUCUCGGUUGUUACAGCAUUGCGUAUCUCGUCAAGAGACUUCGUCGUAUGAGUCUCUGGAUCCAUCGGAUGCAACUCGCUCUUGCCGAAUACAUCAAGGCUUUGUCUGCGACCCUGUAUGUUUUGGCUUUCCCUCACCAGCAUGACCAGUGUAUGCCAAGCCGAGUAAGGGGUGUUGACAGGAUUGAGAUCCACAGUCGAAGGAGUACUUUUGCUGUCAUUUACCUUUGGCCCAGAGAGCGGCAUGGCUCGGG